AUGGCCAGAGAGUGCCGUAAGUUACCGGUGGCCAUCAUGGCCGAGUUCGCCAGGACCGAUACCUCCUUUUCGGCUGCCUCGACCCUCAUUGCGGAUCUCAACUUGAACUCGACCGCCCGCAUUGAUGUGCCCGACUUUGGCCGCUGCAUGGACGCCCUCAAGCUGUUGACCGACUCGCUGUACAAGGAUCUCAACGGCCGCCAGUGGUCUCUCGUUCUUCACAACAUGAUCUACAUUCGUAACCCUGAAAAAAUGUCGAUGCGUAGCAACUCAACCUUUGGUUUGACCGGUGCGCAGACCUCGACCCCCGGAACACUCAGUACGAACUCUUCAGAGGUCUCUUGGCUCAUGUUGUCUACCCUGGUUGGAGGCGACGAGAAGGCUUCCUUCUUCACCAACCUCUACCGCAUUCAGCUCCAACAUAGUAUUCGCGCCUUGAACCUUGCCUCUAGGGAUCUUACUACACUCUUUUUGAAGAGCUACCUCAAGCUGGUCCCCCCCCAUAAGGUCGAGACUGAGAAGAUCCUGGUCCAUACCGUCAUUGCCAUCCUUGACGACUUUCACUUUGAUAUCAAGGAUAUCAACCAAAACGCGAUUUCGACGUUUUGCGUGGACCGACACUGGAUCAUUGCUGGAAUUGAAAUGCCUAAAUCCGCUUGA